AGGGCGGGGAAAGGGGGUGUAUAGACUUUGGGGGAGUGAAAUGUGGGGGGGCUACCCCGCCCCCGUUGAUCGCAACUUGCAACACCCCCCCCACACCUGAAUCUUUUUUUUGUAAACCCCCCCCCCCAAGCCUAUGCUACCCACUUCCCUUCCCUCUCUAAUCCCUUCCUUCGAGAAAAGAAGGUGGAGAGUCCCUCAAUCCUCCCGAGAACGAGAUUACUUUUUCCCGGCGCGGAGUCUACGUGAGGCCGAGGAUUUUGCGGCCUGCAUCGUUCUUGGUCUCUGCUGAGAAAACGCCGCAGCUGUUGCCCCCCUUCUCCUCCAGCGGUCCCUCCUUCUCUCCCUCCCCAUCUUCUCCUUGUAGCCAAAAGGGCCCGCCACUGGCUAGGCAGAAGUGGAGCCUAGCCGAGCCACCACAGCAGAUAUGAUGGAAGAAUUGCAUAGCCUGGACCCACGAAGGCAGGAACUGUUGGAGGCCAGGUUCACUGGAGCAGGCGUUGCAAAGGGUCCCUUGAACAGUGAAUCUUCUAAUCAGAGUUUGUGCAGUGUGGGCUCUCUGAGCGACAAGGAGUUGGAGACUCCUGAGAAAAAACAGAAUGACCAGCGCAACAGGAAGAGGAAAGCGGAACCUUUUGAGACCAGUCAAGGCAAAGUCACUCCAAGGGGACAUAAAAUUAGUGAUUAUUUUGAGUUUGCUGGGGGAAGCGGUCCAGGAACGAGCCCUGGAAGAAGCGUGCCAACUGUUGCACGUUCAUCACCACAGCAUUCCUUAUCAAAUCCCUUACCUCGGCGUAUGGAGCAGCCGCUUUACGGGGUAGACAGCAGCGCAGCCAAGGAACUUCAGGAGGAGCAUUCUGCUCUGCCAACGUUGGUGUCUGCAAUGCUGGCGAAACAGCGGCUAGAGGGCGAGCAGCUGGCCCAGAGGGGUACAAGCCUCUGUUUUCCAUUUACUUCGGCCCAGCAAGGCAGUCCUUCUUCAACAGGUUCGGGGAACACAGAGCAUUCUUGCACCUCCCAAAAACAGAUUUCCGUCCAGCAUAAACAGACACAGUCUGAUCUUACAAUGGAGAAAAUAUCUGCAUUAGAAAACAGUAAGAACUCUGACCUGGAGAAGAAAGAAGGCAGAAUAGAUGACUUAUUAAGAGCAAACUGUGACUUAAGGCGACAGAUAGACGAACAACAAAAAAUGCUUGAGAAGUACAAAGAACGGUUGAAUAGGUGUGUGACAAUGAGCAAGAAGCUCCUUAUAGAAAAGUCAAAGCAGGAAAAGAUGGCAUGCCGAGAUAAGAGUAUGCAGGAUCGGUUGCGGCUGGGUCACUUUGCUACAGUCCGGCACGGGGCCUCUUACACUGAGCAGUGGACAGACGGCUACGCUUUCCAGAACCUUAUCAAGCAACAAGAGAGGAUAAAUUCCCAAAGGGAAGAAAUAGAAAGGCAACGGAAAAUGUUAGCGAAGCGAAAGCCGCCUGCGAUGGGGCAGGUCCCUCCAGCAACCAAUGAGCAGAAGCAGCGCAAGAACAAGACCAACGGAGCAGAAAAUGAGACGUUAACAUUAGCAGAAUAUCAUGAACAAGAGGAAAUUUUCAAGCUCCGGCUAGGUCAUCUUAAAAAGGAAGAAGCAGAAAUUCAGGCAGAACUGGAGCGGUUAGAAAGGGUUAGAAAUCUGCAUAUCAGGGAAUUGAAAAGGAUACAUAAUGAAGAUAAUUCACAAUUUAAAGACCACCCAACACUAAAUGACAGAUACUUAUUGCUACAUCUCCUGGGAAGAGGGGGAUUUAGUGAGGUAUAUAAGGCAUUUGAUUUAACAGAACAGAGAUAUGUAGCAGUAAAAAUUCACCAGUUAAAUAAAAACUGGAGGGAUGAAAAGAAAGAGAACUACCACAAGCAUGCAUGUAGAGAGUACAGAAUCCACAAAGAGCUGGAUCAUCCUCGCAUAGUUAAGCUGUAUGACUAUUUCUCGUUGGACACUGACUCGUUUUGUACAGUGUUAGAGUACUGUGAGGGGAAUGAUCUGGAUUUCUACCUGAAACAGCACAAAUUAAUGACAGAGAAAGAAGCCCGGUCUAUAAUCAUGCAGAUUGUGAAUGCUUUAAAAUAUUUAAAUGAAAUCAAGCCACCCAUUAUUCACUACGAUCUCAAGCCAGGUAAUAUCCUUUUGGUAAAUGGUACUGCAUGCGGUGAAAUUAAGAUCACUGACUUUGGCCUCUCAAAGAUCAUGGACGAUGACAGCUACAACUCAGUCGAUGGCAUGGAGCUGACAUCGCAAGGGGCUGGCACUUACUGGUAUCUACCACCAGAGUGUUUUGUUGUUGGGAAAGAGCCUCCAAAGAUUUCCAAUAAAGUUGAUGUUUGGUCAGUGGGAGUUAUCUUCUAUCAGUGUCUCUAUGGCAGAAAGCCUUUUGGUCACAACCAAUCACAGCAAGAUAUUCUUCAGGAGAACACAAUCCUUAAAGCUACAGAGGUGCAGUUUCCUCCAAAGCCAGUGGUAACACCAGAAGCAAAGGCAUUUAUCAGACGGUGCCUGGCAUACCGGAAGGAAGAUCGGAUAGAUGUCCAGCAGUUAGCUUGUGACCCCUACUUGCUUCCUCACAUCCGCAAAUCUGUAUCAACAAGCAGCCCAGCUGGGGCUGCUAUUGCCUCAACGUCUGGAUCCUCUAAUAAUAGCUCUUCAAACUGAGCAGGAACAAUAGGCCAAAUAUAUAUAAAUAUAUCCAGAACUGGAGAAAGAAACCAAGAGAGUCAGACGCGUUUUGAGAAUGCAGCCUUGAGAUCAGCAAGGAAUCCACAAAAUGGCCUCAAGAAACCGGUAUCAGGUUCUUUGUUUUUCUCUUGUGUUCUUGUCCCAUCCGUAGAACAAGGCAUCAUUGAUUCUCAGCAAGGAAGGAUGUAUGGCAGCUUAAGUAAAGCUAAGUGGCCAAGGAAGAGGAGAUGGGUUGGUCUAGUGCUGAGUAACUGCAGAGGCGCUAACCGCUCUGGGCAGUGGAGGAAAAGGUGGUUCCAUGUACUGUGAAUGUCCAAACAGCACAGACCGGGGGUGUGGUUCCAUGACACAGGGCGCACACGCUUUGUGUGGAGAAUUGCGGACUUGGCGGCAGGGUAAAGAGGCUUGACUUAGUCCAUUGUCAAUAUUUAAAACAUGUUCUUUUCUUUCAAAUUUUCAGCGACAUCUCAUUGGAGGGAAGGGAAAGUAAAACAGAGCUCAGUGCUGUGAGGUCCUACUGGGGAGGUUGGCAUAGGACUCUUGUGUCCUUUGAAAGGGAGCCAAGCAUCCUGCCUGUUGACAGCACCAGAUUCUAAAGUAACAAUUUGUAUUGGUUUAUUUGGUUAUCAGAUGAACUAACUACCAGGUCAAUGCGGCAGCCCCUCCCCCUGCUCCUUAGGUUGACCUCAUAUUCUUUGUGUGGGGGAGUGCGAUAUAAUGCAGAGAUUGCAUUAAAGCUGUGAGCAUCCAUUUCUCUUCCCCCACGCUCCUCAGCCUGCACACGUAGAAAGAAGCUGCUGCUUCUUGACAGGCACUUGACGGUUGUGCCCCUUCCCCCCCCCACACAAAUAAAUCUAAGUGGUUUUUUGUUUGUUUUUUAAAGGCUUUUCUCAUUUGGUUCUCUGUCCCAUUCACUUGGGUCUGUCUUAUUCUCUUUAACAGACACACAGAUGCUGGCUCUGGCAAAACACUCUAGUCAAAGCACCUCCCCCCCUCUCUCUUUUCCAUGUCCCUUUUUUAAUAUUUACUUUCUGUACUGUCUGCUGUGUUAACAGCCCAGAGGCAUUCUCAAGAACAAGCAGACUUUCUGAUCUUAAAUCUUGUAUUCCAAUCCUUUAUCCAUUAAAAGGUUUGGGGUGUUUUGUUUUGUUUUUAGUUCUUGACUUUUUUAUCUUUAAGAAAAACAUUAAAACCAAAGAAGAAUCCAGUUGCUAGAAACUUGUGGUAGAAUGCUGUUCCCGCAUGUGGCCAAAAUGAUGUGUGUUGAAAAUAUUUAAGUAAUGUAUGGUCAGGGUCAGCCAGGACUCCCAAUUCUUCACCCACCCACAACAGAUGAUUCCCAGUCCUUCCUCCUUACCUUCCCACUGGCAGUGGUGCACAUGGAAGCAGUGGGGCGAGGCAAGUGGAAUCUAGCCCUAUUGAGAUUUAGACAGAGAAGCAUGGGAGAACAGAGCUGAGAAGAAGAGGCUGUAUGUGCAUGUGUGUAGGCAUACACACACACCUCUAGCUAUUUCUACAGGUCAGGUGGAUAGGACCUAGUUGCUGAGUGUAGAUUCCAUCCUUCCUUCCCUAGUAGCUCAGUCACCAGGAGAAAUAUACCAUUUCCCCAGUAGGUGAGCCCAUUCCUCUUUUCAAACGUCAUUAAAUGAUUCUGCACAAGGAAGUGAGGAAAUUGGUACGUCAUUGUCACAACUGAAGGCACUGCAAGUCAUGAUGCUUAUUUUAAACAAAAAAUCUCAUCCCAAUCAGGUGCCACAAGUGUAAAUUUUUGGUGUGGUGGGUUUUUCCCAUGAGUGUGUAAUGAUCUGUGCCUCGGAACUGGAGGAGUGGUUAUUAUUUUUUCUCUGGUGGAAGAGCUGAUAUUUAGACCCCUUCUUAUUGGGCACAGAAAGUAGGUGUAAUCUGGGGACAGAGAGGGGAGCAUACCAGUGGGUUCUCCAGGGUUUCCUGGCUUCUGGUAGAGCUCAUUCCUUCACCCCCACCCCCACCCCACACAUACACACAGCAAAUAAUUUGCCUCUGAACAUGUUUGAAAGAAAAGUUAUUUGUUUUGUCAUCUCUUCUUCCCCACCCCCACCCCAGCCUCUUCUUUUAGGGUUUGGCCAUGCCAGUGUUACUGAUAGCUCUUUCACCAAACAGCAGCUUGGAGCCAUAGACGAACUGGUAAAGUGCAGAGGGAGUUGUCAUGGCUGCCACGGCAAUGUACAACAGCUAUAUGCUUGUUAGGGACAAUAAACAUUGAUCUCUCAACCACGGUUGGAUUGAGUUCAUCUUAUUUUUCUGCAGCUGAGUUCAAGACGUGAAUCAGACUGCCCAUGGUAAAUGCUGAGACCUAACAUCUUAGCGUUUGCUUUCCCUUGUUAAAAAUUAACCAAGUCUUCUCUUUGGACAGGUUAAAAUUUGCAUUGGCCAGUUUGUCAUUUUGCUAAUUCUUGAUCAUCCACAAAGAACCCUAUCCCAAAUGAAACUAAUUUAAUUUUGUUAAUGACUUAGUCAUACAUUGUAUUUGUUCCAUUUUCUCCUCUCCUCAAAUUGUAGUGGCUGUCAGAUAUUUCAGUCCCUAUUAGUGUGCCUGAGUAGGAGCCUCUAUCUUUCCAUGGCAUUCAUCACUGAAGCAAGUUAGAUCGCUCUGGAUAAGAAAUGCAGACUCUGACUUUUUAAAAAAGUUAUUGCUGAAAUGGGUUUUAUUUCAGGUAACCAACCUUUUUUUUAUUGCCACACCAGUUUAUUGAAAGGGAAAAGGAAAAGUGUAUGGAUUUGUAACUUGAAACGAGGCCAGACUGUUUUGGCUUUGCCCAUCAGACAAAAAUAUGGAUAUUAAACAAGUUUUAAGAAACUGAA